AUGCCGCUGUAUGACGAUGACGACUCGCCUCCCCCAGGAAAAGGUUCUGCCGAUAUUACGAAUGAAGUUUCUACAAGCUCAGAUAGCUCAAAAGAGGGUUCAAAUACAGCAAGGAAUGCACCAGUUGUGGACUUGUCAGCCCGCAACAGGGCCCCAAUCAACAUGCGUCGAAUCCAGCCUGUGCGCGCCCUUCCGAUAACGGACUGCGCUCCUCCAUCAUUUUUGCCCAAAGGGGCAGUCGACGACAGUGUUCCGAAUCUCUUGGUGAAUUACAUUGUCAAGAAUGAGUAUCAACCAGCGGUCCCAAAUGAGUACAUCGUAUGCAAACGAAAGGCUGAGGAACGAGAAGCGCGUGAAAGGCAUGCCAGAGAAGUGGCGGAAAGGCUGAGCCGUGACCACAAGGAGGAAGCGAGAAAGAGGCAGAAGGGUGCUGCUAUCGCUCCACCACAAGCGCUCCUCGAACCACCAUCCCCUCCAAAAGUGCGCUUUUUCCAAUUUCAAUCGCUGCUUUUAUUUCAUUCGAAUUUUUUUAGGAGUCGAAUUCACCCGCCAAAUUCGAUGCCGCCUCCAGCAUUCUUACCGUCCUUUGGCAAGGCUACUUCCAAAGGCCUUGGUGUUGCUGCCAACAUUAUGAGCAAAUUUGGCUAUAAACAUGGCGGCGGACUCGGACGUGAUGAGCAAGGAAUGAGCACAGCUCUCCAGUUGAAAACUAGGAGAACCUGGACUUUAUCAGUCAACGGAGAUCAGAAUAUGGUUGUCCUACGAAGCGACGACGACAGCAUUGAGCAUGAAAUUCGCGAAGAGAUGGCCAAGUAUGGUCAGGUGGCGUCCGUAGUUAUUCAUAAGCUGGAAGGUGUUAGUGAUGACGUCGCCGUACGAAUAUUCGUAGAGUUUACGAAUGUUGCACAAGCCAUCAAGGCCUUCGUGGUGAUGAAUGGUCGAUUUUUUCGGAGGUCGAUCGGUGGCUGCUUCAUUCUACUCCGUCGAUGA